AUGGCGGCUACAACUCUUCACUUACACCCCGAAACCAAACCAGAAUGGUGGAAGGAAGCAACUGUUUAUCAAAUUUAUCCUGCAUCCUUCAAGGACUCUAACAAUGAUGGAUGGGGUGACCUAAAUGGAAUCAAGUCAAAGCUUGGAUACUUGAAGGAUCUCGGAGUGGAUUGCAUCUGGAUAUGUCCAUUCUAUGAGUCUCCUCAGAAGGAUAUGGGUUAUGAUAUCGCUGACUAUGAGAAGGUCUGGUCGACUUACGGUACGAACAAGGACAUUUUUGACUUGAUCGACAAAGUGCACAGCAUGCGUAUGAAGAUCGUUGUUGACUUAGUUCUCUGUUACACCUCUGACCAGAACAAGUGGUUCAAAGAGUCCAGGUCUAGUAUUGAUAAUCCUAAAAGAGAUUGGUUUAUGUGGAAAAAGCCAAAGGGAUAUGACAAGUCUGGAAAACCUAUUCCACCGAACAAUUGGAGAUCUUUCUUUGGUGGAUCGUCUUGGGAAUACGACAAGAAGACAAAAGAGUUUUACUUGCACACGUUCACAGUCGAACAGCCCGAUUACAACUGGGAAAAUGCCGAGUGUCGUGCUGCUAUGUUUGAGAAUGCAGUUGGUUACUGGUUGAGACACGGGGUUGAUGGCUUCAGAAUAGAUGUUGGCGGUAUGUACUCGAAGGUUGCUGGUUUACCAGAUGCUCCAAUCACCAAUCCUAAGGAUGAAUAUCAGAUGGCAGGAGAACUUUCCCAAAACGGACCAAGAAUCCAUGAAUAUCAUAAAUUGAUGCAUCACUACAUGAUGUCCCAAAUUGAUGACAAGAGAGAUCUUUUGACUGUUGGUGAGAUUGGUACUGCAGACGACAAAAAUCAGUUCCUUUAUACAGGAGCUGACAGAGGAGAGUUGUCUGAGAUGUUCAACUGUAAGCAUGUUAGUCUUGGCCAGUCGGAAGCCUUUAAGUACGAUGUUGUGCAAUUUAGCUUGAAAGAUUUCAAGCUUGCUCUUGCGGACUCUUUCCUUUGGGCCAAUGGCACCAAUGGAUGGUCCACGGCUUUCUUAGAGAAUCAUGAUCAGUCAAGAUCUGUCUCUCGAUUUGGUAAUGAUUCUACACCGGAAUCACGGGUUGCUUCCGGUAAACUUUUGGCAACUCUCUUGAUUUCUUUGACCGGCACAUUAUAUGUAUACCAAGGACAAGAAUUGGGUUGUGUAAACUGCAAAGAUUGGAAAAUCAGUGACUUUGAGGACGUUGAAUGUCUCAACAACUACAGAAUCUUUUGCGAGAAAUACGGAAAGAAUUCACAGGAGGUUGUCGACUUCAAAAAGGGUAUAGACAUGUUCUCUAGAGAUCAUGCUCGUGCUCCUUUCCCAUGGUCCAGCGAGAAACCUUAUGCUGAUUUCACUGAUGGUGCUAAGCCUUGGCUCAAGAUAAACGAAUUCUUCAAGACUGGAAUUAAUGCUGCAGACGAAAUCAAGGACCCGAAUUCCGUUUUGAACUUCUGGAAGAAAGCAUUGAAGUUUAGAAAGGCCAACAAAGAUAUUUUAAUCUACGGUUAUGACUUUGAGUUCAUUGACUUGGAAAAUCUAAAGCUAUUUUCAUUCACUAAGAAGUAUGGCUUCAAAACCUUGUUUGCUGCAUUAAACUUCUCGGAUGACGAUCUAAAGUUUACUUUGCCUAAGGAUAAGUCGUUCAAAUUUGUUUUUGGCACUCACAGCCUUCCAAAGCAAUCUGAGACUGUCUUGAGACCAUGGGAGGCAAGAUUAUAUCUUGCAGAUUAA